UCUAGGCAGACCUUGCGGGCUCCUUUGCCAUUGAAUUGUUGCCACUCCACCCAAUUUAUACCCCUUUUCAUAGGUAUCCUGAUCGCACCAUCAAUCAUGGAUGCUGCAACGAUAGCAGAGACGAACCGCAUCCGCGUGUCGCUGGGCAUGAAGCCUUUGCCGGUGCCUGGAGAAGACGCGGCAAACGAUGUCAGCAGCCAAGGAUCGAGCGCCAGCGAGGAGGCUGAUACGUUCGAAACUCGCGAAGCGCGUGCGUACGAUAACUAUAAUAGCCAUAUGGAAGCAGAAGCAACCAAGAGGAAGAGAGAAGAGAGAAAGGCAGCUAUUCGCAAAGCCCAAGAGCUUGCCCAACGGAAUCUUGUGAUGGAAGGCAAAGGCCUAGGCGAAGAAGCAGACGGAGGCGAUAUUGAUGCGAAAGCGUGGCUUACAGGCCAAAAGAAACGACAAAAAAAGAUUGACAAGACUCGAAAGCUGGAAGAGGAACUUGCUGCUGCUGAAGCGGCGGCAGCGGCAGCUGUACAGUACACCUCAAAAGACUUGUCAGGACUCAAAGUCGCACACGACAUGUCCACGUUUAUGGAUGGCGAUGGAAACGAGCAAAUUUUAACACUCAAAGACACGACCAUUGACGAAAAUGAAGAAGACGGAGACGAGCUCGAAAAUGUCGGCAUGCGCGAGCAGGAGAGCUUGAACGAGAAGCUGGAUCUUCUCAAAAAGCGCCCUGCCUAUAAUCCCAUGGAUGACGAAGCGCUUGGAGGAGGCAUUCUAUCACAGUACGAUGAUGAAAUCAAUGGAAAGAAACGGAAGAAGUUUACACUUGACGCCGCAGGAAUGACUGCGGAUUUAGCGGAUAUCCUGGCGGAGCCAACAAAGACCGAAGACCGCAAGCUCAACACAUAUAACCUGGACGACAUUGUGGAUGGUACCAAUAUAUCGUCUGAUUAUUUGGAUAUUUCCGAAAUCAAAGUUAAGAAGCCGAAAAAGAAGAAGUCAAAGGGCACGCGACAAAAAGUGAUUGACGAGGAUGACGUAUUCCCUGUCGGCAACGAGGACGGCGACGCCAAUGGUAUGGACCUGGAUAUUGUAGCGACUAAGAAGAGAAAAACACAAUCUGAUACCUUUGUGGAUGACGACGACUUGCAAGCGUCGCUGGCGGCUCAACGCAAGGCUGCCCUCAAGAAACGCAAGAAGAUGCGACCCGAAGACAUCGCCAAAGAGCUAAAGGAACAAGAUAACCAAGAGGAGCAAACACAGCCUGCUGAAGAAGGAGGAAUUGUGAUUGGCGCCGUAUCAGAAUUUGUCUCGGGCUUGAGCAAGCCAGAAGAUGAGGAAGAACGCAAGCCCAGGAAGCGAGUCGUCUCUGAACAGCCUGCCGAGGCGGACGAAGAUUACAGUAUGGGAGAUGCGGAUGAAGUUGAAGAAAAUGCCAGCAUAGAUCCACCAUUGCCGAACGAACCGGAACCGGAAGCUGAAGAAGAAGAAAAGACGGUUGGAGGUGGUAUGGGUGCAGCGCUUGCGCUUCUUCGCGAGCGAGGCUUGGUUGAAAACUCACGAGGCGACGAAGAAUACGAAAAGUUCCGUAAGAGACAGGACUUCCUGGCGAAGAAACAGAAGUUGGAAGACGAGCUGGACGAAGAGACAAGGAGGCAAAGAGAAAAGGAUCGAGCCAGCGGCCGUUUGGACCGCAUGUCUGUCCGGGAGCGCGAGGAAUACGGCCGACAGCAGAACGCCUGGCGCGAACAGCAACAAGCACGACGCAUGGCUGAACUGUUUGAAGCCAACUACAAACCCACUGUUAAUAUUAAGUAUGUGGAUGAGUCUGGACGUCAACUGAACACCAAGGACGCCUUUAAGCAGAUGAGUCACCAGUUCCAUGGAAAGGGCAGCGGCAAGGGCAAGACGGAGAAACAGUUGAAGAAGCUGGACGACGAGAAGAGAAGACAAGAACAGAGCAUGUUUGAUGCCAGCGAGAAUGCAGGCAUGAGUCGCGCGACAGCGCAGCAGCUGAAGAAGAGAAAGGAAGCUGGUGUACGAUUAGGUUAAGCGGGCUUGGAUAGCUUACGCCACCUUUGAUUGGUACUUGUACAUAUAACAUGCAUCUACAGACGAAUCAUUCAUCUGUGAUUCAAACACGAUAGCGAUUUUUUUUAAAAUUAAAUUAAAUUAAAUGUUACUCAGACUAUUCCAUCGCUUCUUUCUCUUCUUCCCUUCUUUGCCUCGUCGCCAUCCUACGCCGCGCCCGAUCUUCAUGCCAAGGAUCACCAUCCAUCCAUGGCUGACACGCCUCCUGUUUGUUCACACACACCCGCCCGCCUAUAUCGCAGAUGGUAGACACACCAGGUGAUUGAUUGGAUUUGUUGGGACGAAAAGAAUCCGGCUCUCCGGUACCGUCCCUCGUGGCAUUUGCAUGCUAGUCUUAGCCGUUCAAGGGGCCCUCCGGCACCACCAUGGACGCCCGGAACAGCGCUGGAGCGGAAGCAGGGCCGGGCGGACGAGCACCAGCGCAGCGGCUUGAGCUCGGCAAUGGGCAGCUCGGAGCAACGGAGCCUAAGCCUAAUCGUGCCAAAGAUGGAUGGGCCGGCGGGUUUGGCAAGGCGUUGGAGCGUGUGCCGCUGGAGCGCCUGGCCAAUGGGCUACGGCGGCCAGCAGCCGGCAGAGUGGGUUUCUGUGGGUGUGGCCCAUGGCUUGCCUUACCCACCGUGCUGGGUUGCAAGGUGCGGGUUCAGCAGCGGCACCAGUGGCAGCAGGUUUGAUUGGGGACCUUGCAUGUAACCUUAAUAAGUUGGAUUACACGCUAUUACUCUGCCGAGCUCGCUAAUGGAUGAGCUGCGCUGCGCUGCGGUCUUUUGUUUUGUUGGGCAGAGGCGUCAGUCAGCAUUGGCGUCCUCCACUUGCUGCUUAUAGACGUAGGAUAAUGUACUAAUAUAUGACUGUCUCUUUCUUUUGCAGCAGCCAGCCCAAUCUACAUAAAAAGAAUACAAACCUGGGCAGCAGGGCCUGGGC